UGAAUGACUAGUUUUGUGACCAUUUGUUGUCUAUUUAAUUAUCAGUUCAUUACAAACAAGAGGUUCAUUGGAUCACAAGAAUGGCUCACAAGAAGACAAAGACUGAGAGGAAUGGGACCACAGAUGAGGGCAAAGAGAGUGGACAACAGCCACAAAUGUAUGCUUCAGACUCUUUGGACCGAUUCGGUGAUGAUUUGUGUCAACACUUAGUGUCUUAUUUGCCAUUUGAAGACCGAUUCCGAUGUGAAUGUGUGUCCAAACAGUUCGCUCGAUGUCUGUACGACACCAUCGAUGGCAUCGCUAUUAACCGCAAACUCAUGAAGAAAAUGAAGACAAAAAACAUUUUUGGCGAAGAAUUCAUUGAUUUCCAGAAUUUAUCACAAAUUCUGCGAAAGUGUGGAAACAUUGAGACCAUUGACUGUCGAAAUGUGGGAUCAAAUACAAGACUAGUGUCUGAAGCGAUCGAUGAAUUGCUCGACAAUUGUCGACAUUUAAAGACAGUUCACUGCGAUUUUGACACAAUUGACGACAAUUUGAUGUCAUAUUUAUGUCAACUCUUUGGCUCAUUGUUUACACACAUCGUCUGCUUCAAGACUUCUCUGAAACACUGUGUGUCUGUUUGCCAUAAAUUAUCUCAUUUAACGGUUCAGACAUUGGAUUCAGUGUUUGAUGAGACGGAUAACCAUUCAUUGGCUAAGAAUUUAAUGAAAUUUGAGUUCACUUUCGACCCGCAGUUCACUAACGAUAUGUUUAACACAUUUAUAGCAAACAAUAAGUCACUGAAAACACUGACAAUCAAUAGAAUCGAUCCUAACAUUGAAUCCCAAGAGACUGUCAUUGGAUUAAUGAAUGAUGUAAUUCCCAACCGAUUGCGUACUCAUUGUCUGAGCCUUUGGUCGAAAUUGGCUUAA